ACUUAUCAUCUCAAACCAACUUACCAAAACAUGGCCUCUAUCUCAUCAUCGUCUCUUUCCUUUUUGUCCUCCAUUCAUGCCUCUUCUUCUACUUCUUCCUUGUCUCCAUUCUCUCAGCCACGAUCCUCCAGAAAUGCCAAACCAAAACGUUAUCAUGUUUCCAAAUUCUCAUGCAAAGCCAUGCAUAGUGACUCUGAAAACCCUAAAAACAUCUCCCAAGAAGAUCAACAACUAUUUCAUGUUCUAGCUAAUCGGAGAAAUGUUGUCCUUGGCGCCAUUGGAGGGCUUUACGGUGCUGCCGCCGCCAACCCUUUUGCCUUCGCUGCUCCGGUGUCCCCACCGGACCUAACCACCUGUGGCCCUCCGGAUCUACCAUCUGGCGUUGAACCAACCAAUUGUUGCCCGCCAGUUUCCUCAAAAAUCAUAGACUUCAAGUUUCCACCCUCUAAACCCCUUAGGGUUAGAUCGGCGGCUCACUUGGUCACCGCCGACCAAUUAGCAAAGUACAAGAAAGCCAUUGAGCUCAUGAAAGCUUUACCUUCCGAUGACCCACGUAGCUUCACACAACAAGCUAACGUUCACUGCGCAUACUGCGACGGUGCGUAUCACCAAGCAGGGUUCCCUGACCUCGAUCUCCAAGUCCAUAAUUCUUGGCUUUUCUUUCCCUUUCAUCGUUGGUACCUUUAUUUCCACGAGAGAAUCUUAGGGAACCUGAUCGGAGAUCCCAGUUUUUCGUUGCCGUUCUGGAAUUGGGAUUCUCCCCCCGGAAUGCAGAUUCCGGCGAUUUACACAGAUUCUGCGUCAUCUCUGUAUGAUGCUCUUCGUAGUGCGAAACACCAACCUCCGGCAAUCACGGACCUUGACUUUAACAUCGACGACGACAGUUCCACGUCUCAGAACAGUAACAACGGUCGUAGCGUCAUCUCCAGUAAUCUCACCAUCAUGUAUAGGCAAAUGGUCUCCAACGCUAAAACUCCAACACUAUUCUUCGGAAGUGCCUACCGAGCCGGAGAUGAGCCGGACCCCGGCGCCGGCUCUAUCGAGAACAUCCCUCACGGUCCGGUCCACUUAUGGACGGGCGACAACACCCAGCCUAACUACGAAGACAUGGGAACCUUUUACUCAGCUGGCAGAGACCCCAUUUUCUUCGGCCAUCAUUCCAACGUCGACAGAAUGUGGAGCAUAUGGAAAACCCUAGGAGGCAAGAGAAGAGACAUCUCCGACCCAGACUGGUUGAACUCCGGCUUCCUCUUCUACGACGAGAACAAGAACCUCGUACGCGUCAAAGUCAAAGAUUGCCUCGACACAAGAAAACUGGGGUACUUCUAUCAAGACGUCGAACUUCCAUGGCUGAAAUCAAAGCCCACACCUCGUCGCAGGUCUUCGAAAGCUCAAAAGGUAGCCCUAGUUCCUCAACUUUUUGGUGUUGGAGCUGCACAAGCUGCUGAGACUUCUUCAAAAUCUGUCAAGUUCCCUGUCGUUCUGGAGUCUACAGUGAGUACAGAUGUGAAGAGGCCGAAGAAGGGAAGGAGCAAGAAGGAGAAGGAAGAGAAGGAGGAGGUGUUGGUGAUUGAAGGGAUUGACUUUGAGAGAAACGAAGCAGUGAAGUUUGAUGUGUUCAUUAAUGACGAAGAUGAUAAGGUUAUAAGGCCAGAUAACUCAGAGUUCGCAGGAAGUUUUGUGAGCGUGCCUCACACGCACAAGCACAAGAACAAGAAGAUUAUUACAAAUUUAAGGUUGGGGUUGAGUGAUUUAUUGGAGGAUUUAGAAGCCGAGGACGAUGAUAGUGUUCGUGUGACUUUGGUUCCGAGGUAUGGGAAAGGGCGAGUCACAAUCAGAGGCAUCAAGAUCGAACUUAUUGAAGACUAAGAUUUCUCAGAAGUUAAUUUGGUGAUCUUUCAUGGUGGCUUCGAGUGAUUUUCUUCAUUAGUUGUUUAUUUUGGCUACCUUAUUUUUUUGCAGCUAAAAUCAUUAAACUUCAGGAUGUAUAAGUUGUCAUGUUCACGCAAGAUGAGACGUGAGAUCUUUAUGAUAGGGUCACGAGGGGAAGGGGAUGAGCGAAUAGGAGCACAGCCUUGUCUAACCUUAUCCAUACUCUGACCAAUGUAGAAAGUUUUCUAUUCAUCUUAUCCACAUACUAUUUUAAUCAAUACAUAGAGAGUUUUUGGCACUUUGAAAAAUCAUAUUGUCAUUGAAUUAUUAAAA